AUGAACUGGUUUUUCUUUCUUUUGCUUCUUAUUUCUGCCAUAUUUUUCCAAGAAGGAGACUGCUCUUGCAGCAGCGAUCUUGGUCUUAAAUGUACCUGUCCGGAUUUUCAGAGUCUUAUUGAUAUUGAGAGGCCAGUCGAACAAAGAGACAACGUAACUAUCAUCGAUGAGGGCGGCUGCCGUAGAAAGCUGACAUGUGGUCGUCAUCAUGAAACUUCUCUCUCAUUUUAUUUUGAUGAAUCUGAAAUUUAUGCUCCAAGUGAUCUUCGUGAUGAUUGUGACCGAAUGGGAAUACUACGCACCUCAACUGAUAAAGAUGAGUCAGCACCGUCUCUGGAUUUUUUUGAUUACUUUGGAAUCAUUUGUGAGAACAAUACAUGGUAUGCGACAAAAGCGCCACUCGGAUUUCUAUACACCACAACUGAGGGGAUACUUAAAGGAAGUGGAAACGGAGUGGAGUUGAAUGGGUUGAAAGCAAAAAUUCAUUCAUUUCGUUGCAAACCUCCUGGCAAAGCUCCAUGCUCAAGUCCGGAUAUUCGUGAAAUUGUAGAUCCUCUUGACCAUGAAUUUGAUAGAAUGGCUAUUGAUACCGUCCCAUACACCAUGAAUGACGGUUGUGUCACCUCAAUCACAUGCAGUGCUCAUGAUUGGACAUGGAUCAGAAGUUCUUACAGCGAGUCUGAAAUUAUUUUUCCUGAUGAUUUUGUUCAAAGUGGCGAGUGGCUUAAUAUCGAUUCAGCACGGGACGGAUAUGGAUCGCGAAAUUCUGUGGAUAUGUUUUCAUAUUUUGGAAUAACUUAUGAAAAUAACGAUUGGUAUGCGACAAAGUACCCAGUCGGAGUUAGGUAUUUCACGGAAGACGAAAUGAAGUACAUAGGAGAAAAUGGAGAAUUAGAUGGGAAGAAAUCAAAGAUCUCUUCGAUUAUAUGGUGA